AAAAUAACCACGUCCACUAGUCCCAAUACCAUGCCUUAGCUAUAUAUAUUGCCCCCUCCUUCCUUUAUUAAUCAAGCUGAGCUCUCCUCAAUGGACAAUGCCAAUAUCUUACUCCUCCUCUAUGGCUUCUUGGCUGUUCUCAUUGGAGGAAGUGAAGCAAAUGUAAGUGGAGUUCAGAAACUGUUUGUGUUUGGAGAUUCAUAUGCUGAUACUGGAAAUCUUGGGAAGCUUGAUAGGAGUUUGACAAGGUGUUGGUAUGAGCCUUAUGGCAUGAGUUUUCCUCGUAAGCCUACUGGUCGGUUUUCCGAUGGAAAAGUCCUUUCCGAUUUCAUCGCUUCUUUCAUUGGAAUCAGAUCUCCAGUUCCUUACAAAUUUCGUCGAAGAGUCAGUUCCGAUCUCUUGAAGUAUGGAAUGAACUUCGCUGUUUCAGGAACAGGAGUUUUCGAUCUGGGAAAUUUUCAGCGAAAUCUCUCUGCUCAGGUUGAUACAUUUCAGGGUCAGAUCAAUGAAAGUGUGUACACAAAAUACGAUAUCCAGUCUUCUAUAGCGCUUGUCACGAUAUCUGGAAAUGAUUAUCAUCAGCUUUUUGAUAAAAAUUGUACUCGAAAUGAAAUUCUGGACUAUAUCAAGAAUGUCACUGAUAAUCUCAAGCUAGAACUAAAGAGAAUUCAUAAUCUUGGAGUAAACAAAGUGUUGGUAACAAAUCUAACCCCACUAGGGUGCGCUCCUCUCGUAACCAGGAAAUACAACUAUAAAGGUUGCGACAAAACGAAAGGUUUAGCCGUUGAAGGACACAACAUGAAUCUCAAUGCAGCCGUUUAUCAGUUAAACGCAAAGAAAAACAGCAUUUCAUCAGAUUUCGUCGUCCUCGACCUUCAUUCUGCUUUCUUGUCUAUUAUCAAUCAAGAGAAAGGAGCGAGGAAAUUCAACCACAUAUUUAGGCCCUGCUGUGAAGGAAAACUGGAAAGUUUCAGCUGUGGACAGGUCAACGAUGAGGGAGUUGAGCAGUACAGUUUAUGUCGGGACCCAAGCGAGUAUUUGUACUGGGAUUCUGUACAUCCAAGUCAAGCUGGAUGGGAUGCAGUGUUCCAGCAAAUCAAGCCUUUCCUUUAUAAGACACUUGAAGAGGAACUGAGAUUUUAAUACUUUUUUUAUUUUGAUCAGUGGCCGGUUUGUGUCUGUAGUUUGUUUUCCCUCCUUAAUUGUAAUUCAAAAUGAAUGAAGUGAGAGAGAGUUUUCGGCUUGAUCACAUUUAUGACUAUGACUAUGAAAAUGCUGGCAGUGUUACUUUGGA